UUAGGUACUAACUGAGGGGUUAUUCCGUCGCUACCUAAUUAAGCUUGAGCUCAUCCAUCCAGUCCCAUUCCAUUGCCUCACAAUCCGACGUCACGCCGCCCAGUCACGCAGCCUUUUUGACGCGACAAUCAACCACGUCCACUUCUUUACACGAGGUCUCGACAUCCUCCCCCCGACCCGUCCGUCUCUCCCGCAUCCUCGCCACCGACCUCCGCCGCAAAUUAAUAAAUGGCGUCCCCCGCCAAGACGCUUCGGAUCCUCUGCUUCGGCGACUCGCUGACGGCGGGGUACUCGGGCAUGGGCGCCAUGUACCACCCCUACUCUGAGACGCUCGAGCAGAUGGUCGCCAUGGCCUUUCCCGAGUAUCGCAUCGAGACGGUCGAGGACGGCAAGCCCGGUGAUCUGGCCUCGUCGAGGGGCAGUUUCCUCAGCCGGAUGGGGAAGAUCUUCGCGGCAGCAGGCAAGGGAUCAUUUGACUGGACGAUCGUGCUAGGAGGGACGAACGACCUAGCAUGGGGCAUCGAGCCCGAGGAGAUCUUCGACUCCCUCGAGAAAGUCUGGGCCAUACCGCUCGCGCACGGGAGCCGUGUCCUCGCGCUGACUGUGCCCGAGGCCGGUGUCAAGGUUCACCGGGAGCGGAUCGGCGCCAGGCGGGACCGGCUAAACGGCCUGAUCAAGGGUUACCAACGGGAUGACUUCCACACCCACGACCUCCACGCCUCAAUCCCCUACUUCUCCAUGACCCCCUCGGACCGCGCCCUGUACUGGGACGACGCGGUGCACCUGACCCCGGACGGCUACGACCUGGUCGGCCGGCGCGUCGGCACCGCGCUGGUGUCCCUGCUCGUCCGCGAGCGCACCAGUGCCGACACCCCGGCCCGCCGCCGCCGCGUCUUCCGCGACGACGACCGCCCCUACGACGAGGAGGGCGGCGACCCGGCCGCCAUCGACCAGGGGUACGUCAUCGUGCGCCGCAAGGACCUGGACUACGUGGUGGGGUAGGGUAGGGUAGGGUAGGCUUUUGGGGUCGGUUGGUUGACAAGGAGAGGUUGUACACGCGGUGUUUUCCUUGGCAGUUUCGGUGCUUCCGGGGGGGCGGCAUGUCACCGGCGCCAGGUGGUUUAAUGGCUUUGGAUUUAUGGGCUUUUGGCGAUGGGCGAUAACGAAUGGAAACGGGAAAUCAGGCGUUCUAGGCACUAUGAGUACAUAGAUGCAUUGCUGUUCUAUUUCAUGGACGUUCAUAGACUUUGGUAAAGCCUACUGUGGUCGAUUUCAGACCCUUAUUUUUUUUGGAAAAAUACCCCGUCCCCUCCCCAACGCCAGGCUUGAUACAAAUCGAGGAUUCGGUUCCCC